AUGACAUCAAAUCAAACCAUUUCAAGUUUUCAGUGUCUGAUAACUUUCGAUUUUGAUCCAACAAAUACUACCCAUCUUCCAGCAUCAGUCGUCCCAAAAUGGAUUUCUUUAAUUGCCAUCAACAUUGUCAUCUCUCCGCUCACUGUCCUUAUCAAUUUGCUAGUAAUCUGGACCGUGGUGAAAAAUGAACAGCUCAGAUCUAAUAGUUACUACAUCCUGGUGACCAUUCUGUCUUUCGGCGAUCUUCUGAUAGGACUCGUCGUACAACCGCUGUAUGCUGCUUUGAUGAUCUGUUUCACAGUCCAGUCUUCGUACAUCUGUGAACUAACCAUGGCCUAUGCGGUAUCUGCGUUACUCUGCACUGCCUGGACAACUGUGACCAUGGUAAUCGUCAGCCUGGAAAGAUACCUUUACAUAGAGCAUCCCCUGUUCUAUCAUACUUCAGUCACCUCCAAGAAACUGAUGAUAGCAACGGCAGUUAGCUCGGUUCUUGUGGGAACGACAAUCUUAAGCACUUGGUUGCAGGUUUCUGAAUCCAUUGGGACAAGACAGCUUCCUUUGAUCCUUACCUUUGGUCCCAGCUUCGUCGUCGUCUUUUUUUGCGUCACUAAAAUACACCUGACGGCCCGUCGACAGAUGAGAGCCAUCUCCGCCCAGCAAGAAUCUGUAGCCAUGAAGCAAAGUAAGAUCAAGGAAUGCAAACGCACUUUCACUCUAGGCUUGAUAGUGCUAGCAUCCGUGGCGUGUUUGUGUCCAAUAUUGAUUUUAAAGAUCGUAGGAGUUGUGAAGGGCAACUGGCCUGAUAACGUCAGAUUUCUACAUGGUAUCUCUUUAACCUUGCUUCAUUUGCAGUCCCUCAUCAACCCCAUUAUUUACUCCCUUCGUCUGUCCGACAUCCGUUCAGGUGUGGCUAAAAGACUCGGUUGCAAUCGCAGCCAAUGA